CAAAUUGUGGAGAAUAUUUUACUUGGCCACGAGUUAAUGCACUACUUAAAAAUCAAAAUGCAAGGGAAUAAAGGGUACAUGUCUCUAAAGGUUGGCAUGGAAAAAGCCUAUGACAAAGUCGAGUGGCCAUUUCUACUUGCGAUUUUGAAAAAGUUAGGUAUUAACUCGGUCUGGUGUGACUGGGUGAUGGAGUGCUUUCGGUUAGCCUCUUUCUCGGUGCUUAUGAAAGGGACACCUUCGGGUUUCUUUGCCCCUACCCGGGGCCUGAGACAGGGUGCUCCGAUGUCCCUUCUGUUGUUUGUGCUUUGCACUGAGGAGUUUGCGGCUCUUUUUCGCCAGACCAUCUCGGUGGGAAGUUGGAAAGGGUAAAAGUGGCUUCUAGGGUGCCUCGAAUUUCGCAUAUGUUUUUUGCGGAUAACUCUUAUUUAUUCCUCAGAGGUUCCUUGCAGGAGUGUGAGAACCUAAUAGAGGUUUUCACAAUUACGAGGAGCUUAGUGGACAGAGGGAAAUAUGGAAAAAUCAGCGGUGUGCUUUAGCAAGAAUGUUUCGGGGCCUGAUCAGGAAUUCCUAGCAGAGAUUUUGGGAGUGGGAACAGUGGGGGUGCAUGAUAAGUAUCUGGGGUUACCAUCGUUGAUUGCUCGCUCUAAGAUGGCCACGUUUCGUUUUCUGGAGGAAAAACUGCUUAGUCGACUUCAAGGGUGGAAGCAACGGACCUUGUCAUGGGCAGCUAAGGAAACAUUGAUCAAAUCAGUGGCCUUAGCUUUGCCUUUGCAUGUGAUGUCAUGUUUUAAGCUCCCUCGCUCUUUGUGCCGACUUUUGGAUAGGCAUGUGGCACGGUUUUGGUGGGGGGUGGAAGGGGGUCGUUCUAAAAUUCGAUGGAUGUCUUGGUGUCAAAUGUGCACUAGUAAGCAUGAUGGUGGCAUGGGGUUUCGCGGCUUUGAGCACUUUAAUCAAGCUUUGUUGGCAAAGAUUGGGUGGCAAAUUCUGAAUGAUCCCUAGUCGUUGUUGGCUCAAGUUUAUAGGGGGAAGUAUUUCCCUCGCGGGUCUUUCUUAACUACUACAGCCAGGUCGAGACCUUCGUGGGGAUGACAGAGUAUUCUGUUUGACCGUGAUUUGGUGGUUCGUGGACUGCGCUGGCAAUUGCUAAUGGUCAGUCUGCCUCCCUCCUCUCCUCCAGCUAGAUCCCUCUUAUUCACCCAAAUCCACCGACUUAUAAUCCUCAAGUCCUGUCGGAUGGGGGUGGUCCUAAGGUGGAUACGGUGAUGUGUCAGGUUGAGGGUAAGUGGUGUGAUCAGAGGCUUAGUCAGUGGUUUGAUCCGGAGGUAUGUCGGGCCAUUAAGACGAUUCCUCUCCCUCUUGCGGAUAUAGAGGAUAGACUCAUCUGGCAUGAGAUUAACGAUGAGAAAUUCACAGUUAAAUCGGCUUAUCACCUAGUGGUCUUGUUUGAUAAGAAGGGUGGCAGGUGGCGAUCUAGUGUUAGAUGGAUGGACAAGCCUAGUUGGAUCCGUGUGUGGACUGCUAAUAUUCCUCCUAAGCUCAAAGUGUUCUUAUGGAAGGUCUUUCAGCAGCAUUUACCCACGACAGAGGCCUUGAUUGAGAAAGGUAUUAAGGUGGUGUCGCGGUGUCCGGUGUGUUGGGCGAAAAAAGAGACGAUGGAGCAUCUUUUCCUUGACUGUCCUGUAGCCAGGGCGCUUUGGGAUCUGUCGGGCCUUGAGCAUCUUGGUCAAGCGUUGCCUCAGCAUACUUUUCCUCUCUUUUUGAAGAAGCUUUUGUUUCUACAUCAGUCCCAUUAGCUGAUGGUUGUUGUGGCGGUCCUCUGGCGGAUCUGGCGUUCCCAAAAUUGGGUUGUCUUGGAAGGAAAACAGUUUGGGAUUCCUGUCCUCCUCUGUCAGUUUCAUCAACAGUAUCAGGAAUGGGUACGCCUCCCUGUCGAUCUAUGUCUGCGUGCUGCCCCACCUCUUGGUGUGUUAGGUAAUGCCAAUCUGUCGCAUUCCAUUACUUGUAUGUGGGAUGGGUUGACGAGCUCGGGGUCUCACUCGGCUGGUGGAAUUGUGAUAAAAGACUUCACUGGGCAUGUCUUGCUGGUUCGAGGGGUGCAGUUUCCUGGGAUGGAUGACCCGAUGGUAGCAGAGUUGUUGGUCCUGCGCGAGGCGGUAUGUUGGUGCCUAGAAUUGGGGUUUCUGGAGACUUGUUUCCAAGGUGAUGCCUAGGUCCUUAUUGAUAAAAUCAAUCGGCGAGACGCUUAGGAUAGUCGGGUUGGGUCUGUUCUUGAGGAACUCAUUCGGGUGUUCAGGGUUCAUACUACGCUUAAUGUUCGCUUUGUAGAUCAGAGUAGCAAUAGGGUAGCCCAUUUGGUGGCUAGAAAGGCCCUUUCUUUGUACCCGACUACAUGUCAAUGUUUUGAUUUCCAAGCCUGGAUGUUGUCCAGGAUGUAACUAUCUGUUUUCAAUCAAUAUAUAUGAUUAUCUUUUGUAAAAAAAACUCUAAUUGUACUCCACUACUCCGGAUGGUUACAUGCAUGUAUCAAUCUUUGAAGUAUAAAUCAAGUGAACAAUUAUUUUUUUUUUUUUUUGAAAACCUUAACUCAUAAGUUCAUUUUAAACUUUAUGCGAUACAACAAUAAUAGAGGAAUCACUUAAUGGACCUAGGUGAGUGGCAACCAAUGUUGUGAAAAUUGUACUUUACAAAUUAAAAUCUUACGUUUUUACGCUAUUAGCUAACUAAAAUGCUUUUACUUAGAAACACGUAUGAUUCAAAAUGAAAAAAAGAUAAAUCAUCUUUCUCUUUUUUGUGUGGACAAAACAAUGUCGGAGAUGCACCACCUUCUCUAGUGAAAAGCUCAGAAAAACCUCAACAACUAAUCCAAAAUCAAAACCUUGCAAGAGCUAAAUCAAUAUAAAAAUAAAGGAGGGAGAAGAUGUAAGUAUCUAUUUCACUUUAUCGGCUCAUCACCUAUCUAAUGCCAACACUUCUAUGAAAACUGUACAACGUCAAAGAUAACAACCUCAAAUAGCAACCUAUUGAACUUGAAACCAUUAUUAAUGUGACGUUGAGUUUGCUGUAGUUCGCUCAUGAAUUAUAUAUACCAAAUGGCUGGAUGUUUAUUUCUCUUCAAAGUAGAUUAUAUUAACAAUGCAACAAUAAAUAAUAUUUUCUUAAUAAUUGGCAAAGCAUACUAAGGAUAUAGUUGGAAAUAUUAUGUGCACAAGAAAUAUGGUUUGGCAUGAGGUGGCUAGCGAAAGACCUUAACAAAGUAUAUAUUUCAGCAUUUUUAGUGUCUUCGAAUAAAUAAAUGCUAAUCAUUUCAGGAUUUCAUAAGUGCUUCUUAUUGUUCCCUCUGCCUAUAAUUUUCAUCGAUAAUUAUUGAAGUUUUUAUGGUAAUAUUAACAAUGUGGUUUAAUACAAUGACUUUUUCUAUUAGGAAUUGAAUACUUUGAUUCUUUCUGUACCAACUAAGGGGUCGUUUGGAGAACGGGAUUUAGGGCGUAGAUUCAUUGAAUCCGUAGAUUUUGUAGAAAGUUAUGUUUUUUUGUUGCUUUUUGUAUUGUGGAUUUGAGCUUUAGAGAUUUCAAAUCUCUAAAAUUUACGGAUAUCAAAUCUCUCAUAAUCAGAGAGAUUCUAUAUCUUGAUUCGUGAGAUUUUUUUCCUCCUACUUUUUCUCUUUUGUUUAUUUAUUUAUCAUAUUAAAUAUAUUUAUCAACAAAGUUUUUAAUAUUUCUCGAACCACUCUAAUUUUUAUUAAGAAUAAACACAUUAUUUAAUAUAAAAUAUUUUUUUUAUUUUCAUUGAAUGUUAACAAUCACAGUUACCAAACAAUAACCAUUUUAAAAUCUAUUUUCAACAAUCCGAAGAGUUAGAAUCUUUAGAUUGUUGACAAUCUAUAGAUUUAAACUCAUAUUCUCCAAACGACCCCUAAAUAGUAUCUUACUUAACACAAUUCCUAUGGUUGUGUAUAUUAUUAUUAUUAUUAUUAUUAUUAUUAUUAUUAUUAUAUUCAUGAUCCACCUUUGAGUUGUGGACAAAAUAAUUGAAGCUGGCUUUGUUGUUAUGUAUGGUAUUGGAGCUCGAUUUUCUGUAAUGUCGGUUGUGAUGCUAUUCCAAGACCAUGAUAACAUGAGAGGACCGCCACCUUCUCGUCUUCUACAAAUUAAGGAAAUUGUGUUAA